UAUGUACAGUAACCUAACAAGUUAUUGGACAAUAAUGAUGGCCAACAAUGGAUACUACCUGUACAUGCUAAAUAAAUACGAAAUAUUUAUAUAUUGGACAAAAAACGAAUAGUGUAAGACUUGUUUACCAAAUGGAAAAUACAGUAUGGACUAUCAUUACCUUGGAAAGAAAGAAUAUCAAAACUUGCAACAAACUGGUCAUAUCAGGUUAAAAGACAUAUCGUGUAUGUUCCUAAGUGUGUUCUUCUAGACGUUUUGACAAGUGAAGAUCGUUAAAACAUUGGUACCAACAAUCACAAGCAUACAUUUAAAUAUGAAAAUCCGAAGUACACGUUAUAAUAGUAUAUAUAGUAAUUAUUGCAUGUUAUAAUUUCGAUAUUUCUUAAACAAAAUAAAUUCAUACAUACAGUGUCUAUAAGGCAAUUUAAGUAAAUGAAGUUUAUUGGAAAAAACAAUCAAUCCCCAGGACUUUGGUGCUGAGGCAGCACUUCCCUUGCGAUAGUAACUUCUAGUCAUAAUAUAGUUGCGAGAACGUUGUAGUGUAAUAAAAUGGAAACUUUCUUUAGUUAUUCUGUCAAAAAUAACAUGCACGAAGCACGAAUCUUUAAUAUAACAGGGCGAUUUUAGUCUGGUUCAGAAUUUACGACCAUUGUGAGAGAUUUUUGCUGCGCUGGGACUCGAUUCGUUCUGAUAGUACAAAUGUACAAUAAAUAUAAUAUACUUUCGAAUCACCCCACCGGCAUCGUACGUUCUCGAAUAGUUUUAGUAAUUUUACACAUUCUCGAAAAACAAAAAGGAACCUAAUUAUGCCCCAAGGCAUGUUCUGUACUAACAGUAAUGAAGUUAGUUAUCAGGAGAACCUUUAAAAUUUUCCCUUUCUUCUCCCGCACGCACUAAACGUCUGCUACGCAGGCUAUGGACGAAUAGAUUAGAUGCCUGGAAAGUGUUUACAAUCCGUCAUAUAUUUAAACCAUCCUUUUAUAGUCCUUGGUCUUUUUGUCUGAUUUUUAUCAGAAAUGUAUCAAACGAGGUAUUUUUAUCGCUAUUUGUUGUAUUUGAGUAAAAUUUAAACAACGCAAUGCAUGACCCUGACACUAAUUCUUUAAAUAUAGUUACGAAACAUGACAGUUCUAUUUUAGAUCAUGCUCAUUUGUAAUGUUCAAUCCAAGUAACUUAGCAUUAGGGCUUCUUCAAUGGCUUUUCCUAUAUACUAAUUUUUGAUCCAGACAAGAUGGACGAAGUCUAUCAUAACAGCUCAAAAGAACAUCCUAAAAUUAGUAAAAUUGCAAAGUUUGGUUGAAAAAUAUUGUAAAAUACGGAAAAUAUAGUCCUGUGAAAUUAGCAAAUUUUGAGUAUUUUAGUAUUACGCGCGGCGACCGCCCCCCGCCCCCCCCCCACCCCACCCCCCACCCUUUAUGGAAAAUUGACAAAUUUUCGGAAAUUUUGAUCUAAGGAGGCCUAAAAACAGCCUUUUCGAGUGCAAAUGCAUGGGGGGGGGGUUGUCGGAAAUUUGAUGGUUUUGUCGGAUAUUUAGGAGGCUUUGCCCCCCCCCCCGCCCGCACUGGGAAAGUGAAUUUCCGCCACUGCGCCUGUAAUAACGCUUUCUCGUUUGUUAUAUAUUACUUCAGAGGUGAUUGCAAACUAUUGUAAAACAACAUUCCAGACGAUAUACAAUUUACCAGAACCAAAGCUGCCAGUAAAGUAUGCUCGUAAAAUUGGAAACAAGCCUGCAGCAGAGGAAAAUACAUUUAAUGCUUGGUAAGACCCAUACAUAUCUUAUAUACACUAGACAGCGCAUCUCUUUAAGUAAAAUUGAAGCCAAGAAUAUUCCAGCGGUUACCCUCAUUUGAAUAGAUGGCGGCCAUGUUGAAGUUUCCCACUCGCUAAUAUAAACGCUUAAAAAGCAACAACAACUUCAUCAUUUGAACAGUUUGAAAAUAUAUUUGGAAUAGGUUUAACUUAAUGUUUUCCCUGUUUAAGAAAUGGAAAACAUACGAGUCUUCUCAUUUCAUCGGAAUAUCCUGAGUCUGCAAUCACGGCUUCAAUUUUUGAAUUGCAAAAUAAUUAGAUGCACUAUCUAGUGUAUAUAAGAUAUCUAUGGUAAGACCCUUCUUUGUUUUUUUAAAUUUGUUCUCACCUAAAUUACUGAAUAUGGCGAGGAUUCUAAAAAUCUGAAUGAGCCGCCACCGAAAUGCAGGAUUUACUCAACGUACAUGCCAGGAAGCGUAUAUGAUUGGCAGAAGCAGAAAGGGUAAAGUUGUAAGAAUUAAUUUGGCAUUGUCUAAUAUAAAUUUAAUUAUCUAUAUAUAAUGUUAGAGGCUACCAAUUCGGAGGCAAAGUCUUGAACGCUCGUGUUUCACGUCCUUUCGUCGUAGUCUUUGCCGCGGACGAUGCAUAUUUGGUGUUUCAACAGACACCCCCAACAAGACUCAAUCUUUCUUGCUCUUGUUUUUAUAUUUUGCAUUCGGAUUUUCAUUUACUCUAGACGUUUUGGGCCUAGUGAAAUAGCACGUUUGUGUUGAUGAAACGGCUCUGUAAUAUUUCCCCUAGGUACUGGAGAUGUGAUAUUUCUGGUGCUCCAAAUGGUAAACUACAUGGAAAAACUAUUGCAAUGAAAGACAAUAUCUCCGUUGCUGGUAUUCCAAUGAUGAAUGGAUCACAACUUCUAGAGGGUUAUAUUCCAGAUAUUGAUGCCAGUGUUGUAACCCGGGUAUUAGAUGAAGGUGGAAGAAUUCUUGGCAAAGCUGUUUGUGAAAACUUGUGCUUCAAUGAUGGAAGUUUCACGGCUGCAAAUGGACUUGUGAGAAACCCAUGGGAUCCUUCGAGGAUGUCUGGAGGAUCAUCUUCAGGAUGUGCUGUUCUGGUAAGUUGAUUGAAAACAAUGUAGGGAUCCCGAUAGUGUACAGAGUGUUAACGAAUGUUUGUAUUUUAAAGAAGAAUAAUUGCUGCCGAAGGCAGCACACUAUUCGUAACACGAAGUAUCGCGUUUAUUGUGCCCAGUCUCUUUGCCCGAGUUAUGUAUUGUCGAGAUCUCGAUUUUGUGUCCGUCUGUCUGUCUGUAAAGAUGUCGUAAUUCCGGGGAAAUAAUUAAGGCUUCAGGACGCUUUUUAAACGAUGGGGGCGGUCAAACUUUAUUUUGUAUUGCACACGGAUCAAGUUCUUCAGGGACAGUUAAUACGAGCUUAUUUACAUUUUCAUUAAUGCAAAACAUGGACAAUAUUUUCAAUAAUUCAGGUAAGGAUAGCUUUAUUUCUUUUUGGUAUUAUACAUGAAGGCAUUUAUAUUUAGAACACUAUGAUUUCAUGAAUUUAGAUUCAGCAUGAAUUUAUCAUGAAUUUCAGAAUUUACCCUGCACUGAUCGACGUCUUCAUAGUUAAAUAAUUUAUAUAUACAAGUGGUGAAAAUCUACUUUUAGUUUAUUUGUUUGUGUGGUGAUGUCCAAAGGCAUGAGUUUAUAGUGCUUAUUCUACAUGUUUAUAGCAAAAUGUGCUUUCAGCACGUUUUAAAACGUGGAAUGUAGUGUAUCAGGCCUAAUAUUAUUGUUGUCUGUAAAGGCGCGGAUUUUCAUUUUGUAAAAGGAGGGGUGGCAAAAUUUUUAGUGGGGUACAAGCAGCACCACCGAGCUUCGGCAGAGGUUAGGGUUAAAGACUUUCACACAAAGUAGGAGGGGCGAAGCAAAAUUUCGGCGGGGUUGAACACUUUAUAAGACCUUGGGGUUAGGGAGAUUAUAGGGGGGGGUUAACCCCAACUAACCCCCCAGUAAAUCCGCCUGUGACGAAUUUUUUCUCAAUUCGUCAAUGUGGGCGCCGGCACACAAGCAAUGUUUAUUUUAAGAAAACUUUAUUACUUAACUGUUUGAAGAAUUGAACAACGAUAACUAUAAUUAUCUACUAAUACAUACGAGCAGUUCGAAGAGAAUAUUUCACGGCACUUCCGCACUUCUUUCCCGGCGAAUAGAUGUACAGUUAUCUAGCCUCUCGUAGUUAUCUUUGACGGUGGUCAAGCUCAACUUCAAAUCACGGUUGAGUUGCCAUAUAUUGAACUUCGUAUUCAUCAGAGCGCUGCUUGUCAUCGAAGACACCACCAUUCGCUGCCCUUUAGUACGAUCACCGAAGAUCAUUUACUUGCGACUUCAACAACUUAUCAAGUCCUUUUGACUUUCAAUUCACCACCCAAAGUACCACUUCUACCACGUGCCACUUCUCUUCGUUAAGCUUUUAUGGCUCUCUCUCAUUUUAGCACAUGGUUGCCCCUUUUUAUGGCAACCGAAUUAAUUUGCAUCUACGUCAUAUUUACAUCAUGAAUUAUUUCUACGUCAUAUUUACAUAAUUUGUUACACCUCCCCACCAAAGAUAUUAUCACGAAUGUAAUAGAUCCAAUUAGUUAUUACAUGCACUAAAUCUUUUUACAACUUAAUUCCUAUUACUUUCUAAGAUUCUUUUUUUCUUUUUUUAAAAAAAUUACAGAAAAAUAACAAGAAUACAUCUCCUGUGAACGUAUAUGAGAGGGAGCGGCCGAAACGAAACUUUCCCCUUAUUGAAGUUGAAUGAAUCAUUUGCGCCUUAAAGCUCUAUGGCAACCUACUCAAAGCAUCCACAUUCACGUGCUUCUCUCCACUUUUGUGCUCUAGCUGUUAUCUCGAAAAUGCAAAAAUAGUCAUCAAUGUCCUCAUUUUCUCUCAUUUCCCGUACUUCUACUAAUUUCCUAACUCUCCGUUUAUUGAAGGAUGUCUUGUCUUUCUCUCGCUCCCUUUCUAACACUAAAUCAAACGCUUUGUCUUCCAUUCUAGCCCGUCGUCUACGCUCCUCACUUCAAAUUCUUCUCGCGCUAAUGCCAUCUCUCUUUCGAAGCGCAAUAGCGUCAUUCUUUCUUCAAAGGUUAAGGAUCCCCUUUGUUCACGGCUUUGCAAGCUUUCAAAACUCAUGGGAUCCUGGGGAAUUUCACCCUUCACGCCAUAGUCAUGGCUAAUAUUGAAAUCACUUUGGGCACUUUGUUUUAGAUGGUAAUUUAGAUUGCUCCAAAACCUCUCUGUCAGUCCCCAUUUCGAUGUUCUUACCCUCUUUCUGCACUUACCCAGACUUAUAAUUUGUUCUUAAUUUUGAAGACAGAGUUUUAACACCGUCUUUUGAACUAAAUUCUAUUUGCCGUUCCUGACAUUCAUCUCGUAAACCGUCUAAUGACCAAUUAUCAUAACCACUCAUUUUACGCUUGAAAUACUGAGACCAUUAAGUAUUAUACUUUGAUAACAACCAAAAAUCCAUCCUCGUCCCCAGGCCCAAGCUCGGGCGGCCCUCACAGUGGCCCUGGGUCAGGCUGUUGAGCAGUUGAUUGUGAUUGGUUCUUUUGCUCUAAAGGAAUGUUGCGGGUGGAAAGGAAAUGCGGGUUAACAAUAAACAAUGGCUGGCUCGAAGAGUGGCAAUUCAAUAAACUUGUAUUAAAUUAUGGUAGAAAUCAGAUAUUUACAUGUAAAUUUUUGCUUAAACUAUGGUAUGGACACAUUCAAGACUUCUGGAAACAAACUACAUGGAUAUUUGAAGGAUUAAAACAUCUGAAAGUUGAAACGAAUUGAAUGAUAAAGAUAUAUAUUUUACAGUCCUACUAAAGACUAUAGAAAUUUAUCUUGUGUAUGCAACGUCUACAAGAUUGUGUAAAUUCGUCUACAAGAUUAUUGUGUAAAUUGUCGCCCUCCACCUAUCUGUCUGCGUCAACGCAAGUUUAUACAUUGUAUUUGACAAUUUGAAUAGUUUAUAAAAUUAUAAUGUAAUCUACAAAAAUUUAGUAUUUAUCAAAUACUUGAUUCACAAAGUGAAUGGCAGCAUUUUGUUCUGCUUGCACAAUCACAAUGAACAGUUCACAAUGGUCAAUGGAUCCAGUGUUGUUUGAAAACCACAAGCUCGAUUGUUAUUAACCCAAGGUGAAAAGCUGGCUUUUCACACACAAAAUAUUGAAGGGAUUUUCUAGAUGGAAUUAAAUUAUUUAUUCAAACUAUUGAACUAUUGAAGCAAAUUUAGAGAAUACAAAAUAUUAAUAAUUUAACCAGACAACCAGUUAUGUGUCAAGUCUAAAGACGGAUUUCCAGUGCUUGCAUCUAAUUAAAAUUAACAGUUCAGCAUUGUGAUUGGAUGAAAGUGCUCAUGCAUUGCAGCGAGCUGCUUCGUGAGAGGACUGGAAAUCUGCCUUAAGAAGCAUUUUAGCUACCUGUUGCUAAAGUUCAUUUAUAAACACUGUCACUGAAAUAUUUAUUAACAAAUACACCCUUCUGGAAAGUACAUUAGGGAUGGAUUUACUGGGGGGUGUGCACCCCCCUAGCCAUGGCCAGGGGGUGCUAUUUUUCAUGAUAAAGCAAAAACUUAUUAGAGACAAAAUGAGAUUCAGUAAUUUGAGUAAUAACAUGAUGAUAAGCGAACUGUGAACAACAAUUACAAUUCAAAUACUGUAGUCAAGCAAGACUUUGCAGUAGUGGAACAAGUUGAUAGAUGGGUAAGGUCACUGGAAACCAAUUGCAACGUAAUCGUCCGGAAAAUUUUUUGCCUAAAAAGUUGUGGGGGGGUGGGGGGUGGAAAGGUCAUUGCUCUCUGCGAAAAAAUUUGUUCCCCAAAAAAUUUUUUAAAUAGGGGUCCCUAAAAAAAGUUGCACCCCCCUUACCAGAUCAUGCUGGAUCCAUCCCUGAAGUAUACAUCACUUUGACUAUUCUGGUUUUGUAGUAUGACAUAUCCUCUUAUAGGAAUUCCUAUAAGAAAAUUAUCCUACUUUCCUGUAGGAAUAGUAAAUGACACACAAUGUUCUUCAUCAGUCAUCGCUCUUAAUUUUUUAAUGCAAAAAAAUAUAUACGAUUAUUAAUAAAUAUAUACUAAUAUUACAAAUAUAAAUAUUUAUACAAGAAAUUGGUUAUACUAAACAUUGCAGAUCAGUUAUAGUUUUCACCAAUGGUUUAAUAACAAGUCAAAACAAAAACAUAACCUAAAGAAAACCAUUGCAGUGUACACAAGCACCAAUUAAUCAUUCUACCUCCAUGCAAUGCCAUAUUUAUUGACCUUUGUUAUUAAACCAUCUAGGUAAUAACUAUAAUUGACAUGUAAAGUUAAUUACAUUAACCCAUUAAGCUGCAGAGCUUCUCCAUUGACAAGUAAUUUAAUCGUCUGGCAUUAGACAAGUAAAAAAUAAGUAGGCCGCACUGGGGCACAUUGCAGCUCAAUGGGUUAACUAGAGACAUUGUAAGAUUUUUUGUUAACCCAUUAAGCUGCAGAGCUUCCCCAUUGACAAAUAAAACCGUCUAGCAUUAGACAAGUAAAAAAAAAGUAAGUAGGAAGCACUGGGGCUCAUUGCAGCUCAAUGGGUUAAAAUUUGCCUCAAAACAUAGUCCUCAAAUAAGUUAUUGACUAUUCUAGUUAAAAACAAGCAACAAGUCACCUGUAAUGUGAUGAAACAUUACUCAAUAAAUAUUUUUAUAUACCAAAUGUUUUUUGAAUAUGCCCCUUUUAUGAAUUAUUAGCUGGGCAAUAAUAUUUUUAAUAACUAGCCUGGUGUUUCUGUUUUUGACUAUUGUUCUUGUUUGCCUUUCUGCACUUUGCAACACUUUACAGUGUUGAAUUGUUUAUUUUUGUCCUCAUGUGUUGGCGAACCUCUGAGGCCUUACAUCCAUACUUUUUUUAUACAUAAGCUGUAAAAAGAAAAAGAAAUUUAUUUAAUGCAUACCACUUUAAUAGCUGCUGACCAGAAAAAUAAGGGAAACAUUUCCCCAACAUGGCAAGAACAAUCAUAGUGAUUGCUUAAUGUUAAUUAUAUUUUCAAUAAACUUUCCAACCAGUUGGUUUUUAUUUAGAAUGGUGAUCCAGAAUAGAUGAAACUUAAUGAUACUCUUAAAUAUUAAUGUCACUUCUAUAAAUGCCACUCUGUUCUAUGUCUGAUUAGUCAAAUGGAACUUCACUUGUCAUGCAUGGAUAAAUCUCCUAGACAGGUCAUGUAAUGUUCUUUAUUGAUCUCCAUAAUAUUGUGAUGCAUAUUCAAUACAUGUCACCAUAAGCUCUAUUGGGAGCUUCAUAAAGAUUUUCCUGCCAGAAAAGGCAAGGGGUCUAUACAUAUGUAUUAUAUACAAAAAUAACAAAAUGAAGUAUUUUGUACACACCUUUCAUUUCUUGAUCAUGAUCAUCAUGGCGUAAAACAACUGCCUUAACACCCAUGUUAGUUUUUAGCUUGUCUAUUUGGUCGUCCAUCAGUGCAUUUAACGGAGAAAUCACGAUUACAAUUGUUUCUGUUCACACGGCAGAAAUAUUUCUUUUUCUCGAAUUAAUGUAGUUGAACAUGGAAGGUAAAAGUUGGUAUAUCAACGAUUUAACAUCCCUUCCAUUUACUAUUUGACGAACAGCUUCUUUCUGCUCUUCCUUUAACUUAAUUUGAGUAUUAUUUGUUUUUACAAGUGCAAAAUAUAUUGCUUCUUGUAGUAAGCCUUCCUUGCAUUCAUUGCGGUCGCCAUGUUUUUAGGGAGAAAGGCAUAUCCUGUGCGACCAAGCCUCUGCGUCGGAAUUCCGAGGCAGAUCAACAGCCUGACCCAGGGCCACUGUGAGGGCCGCCCGAGCUUGGGCCUGGGGACGAGGAUGCCAAAAAUCCUUCUUCCCGAUUUUUCUCUUUUAACCAAACAGAAAUCCAGUAUUUAGAAAUAAUUCAGUGCCGAUCAGUUAAUAAUCCCACCGCUGCCACCAAUUGUGACGAAUUUUUUCUCAAUUCGUCGACGUAAGCGCCGGCACACAAGCAAUGUUUAUUUUAAGAAAACUUUAUUACUUAACUGUUUGAAGAAUUGAACAACGAUAACUAUAAUUAUCUACUAAUACAUACGAGCCAGUUCGAAGAGAAGAUUUCACGGCACUUCCACACUUCUUUCCCGGCGAAUAGAUGAACAGUUAUCUAGCCUUUCAUGUUAUCUUUGACGGUGGUCAAGCUCAACUUCAAAUCACGGUUGAGUUACCAUAUAUUGAACUUCGCAUUCAUCAGAGCGCUGGUUGUCAUCGAAGACACCACCAUUCGCUGCCCUAGUACGAUCACCGAAGAUCAUUUACUUGCGACUUCAACAACUUAUCAAGUCAUUUUGACUUUCAAUUCACCACCCAAAGUACCACUUCUACCACGUGCCACUUCUCUUCGUUAAACGUUUAUGGCUCUCUCUCAUUUUAGCACAUGGUUGCCCCUUUUUAUAGCAGCCGAAUUAAUUUGCAUCUACAUCAUAUUCACAUCAUGAAUUAUGUCUACGUCAUAUUUACAUAAUUCGUUACACCGCCCAUGGUUGUCUGCACAUAUUAACUUACCAGCAGUUAUAUGUAAUAGCAUGUCAAACGACUUUUGUACAAGGUAUAACGGUCUGUAAAAAUAUAUCUCUGAGAUAAGUCCAUCGUCAGCAUUAAUAUCAAAUAAUCCUACCGGCCUACAAAAUACAUUCAUGUAUUCACAUGGCACUACAUUUCAGGGUAUACUAUAUUUUUUUCGAUAAUGUUCACAAUUUCUUUCUUAUUAUAUAGUUUUGAAGUUCUGACUUAGUACAAUCUUAACCAUUACAAAUGAAUGGUGUCAUCUGAAGCUGAUGUAUUAAAUUAAACAAAAAUGUCAGUUGUACUGCGAUAGUUUUGUAUUAUAGUAUUUCUAUUCAUGAAAUUGUUAUUAAAUUCUACAUGUCCAAUGAUUCAUUCAAGUAUUAUUAUCGUUUAUGUAUAUAUAAAUAUAUGAUAUUGUACAGUAUUCAGUGACAAGCUAGUCAUAGCAACUGGUCAUGCUAUGCCUAUGCUGAUAAACAUACUUCUAUUUGGAUGAAGCAAAUCAUUAAAAACUUGCAUAGCAUGACCUGUUGCUAUGGCUAGCUUCACCACUGACAGUAUUAUAAUUAUACAUAACAGGCGGGAAAUUUGUCUGAGCAUGCGCGAGCAAAAUGAGUCGCGCAAUUGAGUGGAAUACACGCAAUGCGUGUUUACAAAAAGGCACAAUCGUGUAAAUAUUGCCAAAUGUUUGUACAAAAUAAAUUACUGUUUUAUGUUGAAAAUGGACAUGAUCUAAAUUAAUCAUACAGAAUUUUUUAGUGACGUUCUAUUUCAGUACCCUGUCAUUGUCUCUGGUGGGCUGUCCGUGUGCAUUCGAUCUGAAACAGCUGCUACUUUGCUGUCGAAAAAUUUCGAAUGUUUACAUAAAAAUGGAGGCAAGUCAUGCAUUUUACAACCUCGUAAACUGUAUGAGCCCCUAUUUUUACGCUUAUACCUAAGAUAUCAAAUAAAAGUACAUGAAACAGAGAACAGUUUUAGAAAGUUUUAUCGUGAGGCCACGGCCAGUUUUUUAAAUAUCUUUAUUUCUGUUCCGCUCAUCACCAAAAUUACACUAAAGCCGGGCUUGAAUAUACAACAAAUGUUGAAUCUCAUCAAGUACAAAAAUAUUUAAUGUGUAACCAAAAUAUGCUCAUGAAAUCGAAAUUAAUAGCUAAAUUUUCAAACUAGACCCUUCUCGAGCCGGUUUUGAUGAAGGAAGUUCACAUUUCGGCCUUUGAUUCUUGGCAAAAAUUUGACCACAACACGUGCGAAGCAACUGGGUCUCAAAAACUCAGCUAAAACAUUGUGAGCCCCUAUUUUCCUGACGAUAUGUUUGAUACCUACAAACACCGAAAAGUUUUUUCUUUUCAUUUAGCUAUAUUUGAAAUUGAGGCCACGGGCCAUAUUUGAGAAAAUACAGUUCAAAGUCAAGUUAUUUUUACAUAUUUUCAAAAUUUGUCAAAUUUCGCGAGCUUGUAUUUUGAACUUAGACAGCUGAAGUUACAUUAAGAAACAUAGGAUGGAAAAUUUGAAGCAUAUAAAGUUAAUUUCAACUUACAUUUCAUUCUCAUAUCACGUCUUUCUUCGUUUAUUACGGUUUUAAACAAGCCACAGAUCGACGUAUACGGUAUUUACUCCCAUGUUCACGUCGCCAUAUUAACUUCUUCCAAUCACUCGAUUACAAAACAAAUCGUCCCAAAACAAAGAAUUCAUAGUUGACUUUUAAAGGAAUAACCGUUAAUUUGUAAAUCGUUGAAUGGAAAGCAAAAAAUCGUCAGCUAAAACAGCUUCUUGCUAACUUUCUGCUUUGUUUUGAAUGUAAAUGCAAUGAGCUUUGUUUCUGCCCGCGAAAUUUUGAUCAGCGACGACAAAUUUCCCACCUGUUAUUAUACAUACAAAAGCAAGAAGUUAUAAGCAUUGAAGGUAUUCAUAUAAAAGCACGAGUGGCCCAGGCCCUGUGUGGGUAUUUAUUUAUUUUUAAAUUUUAUUAUAUUUUGCAUUAAAAAUUUACUAUAUUUAAAUUAUAAAGCAUAACUUACUUGGUUUCCUUUAUGUAUUAUUUAUCUAUUUGGGGGUGGUUUUAGUUUGAUAUGAUGUAAAAAUAUCAUGAGAGUAAUGGCAAAGCGGGAUCAUACAAACAGCCUCUUAUUCAGCAAAUUGUGCAUUCUGCCUCUAAUCCCUUGGGGGGUGAGACAGCACUUUCCUUGCGAUGGUAACUUCUAGUAAUAAGUAUCAACUGGAGUGUGUUCAAAUGCGCUUACAUUAGCUUACAAUUACGGAGCCCCGCAGGGGCCAUCAAUAAAAACACAAACUUUUUUGAGAGAAAAAACACAAACUUUUUUUGAAAAAAAAAACACAAACUUUUUUGGCAUGGUAGACUUUACGGGUAGCGGAUUGCGGAGUGCGGAUUACGGAUGCGGAUUGCUGAUGCGGAUUCCUGAUGCGGAUUGCGGAUGCGGAUUGCGGAUGCGGAUUGCGGAUGCGGAUUGCGGAUUGUGAACCUAUGCAAAUCGUUUAUUUCUUCGAAAAAAGCCACAAUAAUUGCCUGUAGCUACUUGUAGCUAUGCUAUGCCCCCUAGGAAAUGGCUAUAUAUGUCUUGGUUAUAACGGAGUAUACCUGUGUUAGAAUGAAGCAGUCGAAUAUUUCGACAAUAAAGAAUAAACCAAGUUUGAAUAAAAUGAAACACUCAGAUUCAAACAUUUCGUAAGUCACAUCGCGUGUAUGACGUGUAUGGAGCUAAAGAAUUCAUUGACCGAUGACAAAUAGUGACAAAGCAAAUAUAGUGACGUUUAGUGUUUACUGUUGGACGUACAUCCAGGCUCUAAAUAGUUACUUUCAAGAAAAAUUAGGUAGAUACAUAGAUGUUUAUUUACGCUAUUCACUAUAAAUAUUUAAGUUGUUAAUAAACAACCUCAAGAAAUCGGAUUUUGUGCAAGGCUGCCAAGACUGAUGAUAUUCUAUUUAUUUUAAAUAUUCUGGAGGAAACACAGUGAAGGUUAGUUUUUAUAGUGAAUACUAUUUAUCAAUACUGAUUACUGUUGAUUUGAAACUCGAUUUUGAUAAUUAUACGGUGUCGGUGAAACGAGGACGCAAAAUCAAUGGACAAUGGCGGAUUUUCAAGAAAAUCAUUAUUUUCAAAAUAGGCCGUUUCAAUUUUAAUAAGUUUUCGUUUCAACUGUAUCUUUAAAGGUUUAUAACUAUAUAUUUUGAAAGCUUCAAAUGCGUGUGUUUACAUGCGCAGCAAGGCGAGAUUUUGAAAAUGUAAUAGAUAUUUUUGAAUUUCCGUGGCAUAACAACAGUUUGUUGCGAACAUUUUCUCGGCGAAUUUUCUACUAACCUGAAUAGAAAUCCAACUAAAAUGUAGGCAUUUUCAUAAGCUUCAAACCAUCCGCGUUGGGGGUGUAUGUCGUUAAAUUGCGAAUUAAUAUAAGCGGUUGAACCUCAUGCCUAAAACCAGACAUUAUAUUGUCCGACUAGAAUGUGUAUUCCGACGGCAAUUUUUACACCCUCGUUUAGGCAACGAAUUCUAGCUCGCUCAAUAUUCUAGAUACAAUAUUAUAGCUCGUACCAAAAUGUAGCUGAAUUCACCAGCUAUCUGACAAUAUACGUAAAAUCCGAUUUCUUGAGGUUGUUUAUUAACAACUUAAACAUUUGUAGUGAUUAGGGUAAAUGAACAUCUGUGUAUCUACCUAAUAUUUCUUGAAAGUAAAUAUUUAGAGCCUGGAUGUACGUCUAGCGGUAAACACUAAACGUCACUAUAUUUGCUUUGUCACUAUUUGUCAUCGGUCAAUGAAUUCAUUAGCUCCAUACACGCCAUACACGCGAUGUGACUUACGGAAUGUUUGAAUCUGAGUGUUUCAUUUUAUUCAAACUUGAUUUAUUCUUUAUUGUCGAAAUAUUCGGCUGCUUCAUUCUAACACAGAUAUACUCCGUUAUAACCAAGACAUAUAUAGCCAUUUCCUAGGGGGCAUAGCAUAGCUACAAGUAGCUACAGGCAAUUAUUGUGGCUUUUUUCCGAAGAAAUAAACGAUUUGCAUGGGUUCACAAUCCGUAAUCUGCAUCCGCAAUCCGCAUCCGCAAUCGGCAAUCCGCAUCCGUAAUCCGCAUCCGUAAUCCGCAUCCGUAAUCCGCACUCCGCAAUCCGCUACCCGUAAAGUCUACCAUGCCAAAAAAGUUUGUGUUUUUUUUUUCCAAAAAAGUUUUUUUUUUUUCCAAAAAAAGUUUGUGGUUUUUUUUCCAAAAAAAGUUUGUGGUUUUUUUUCCAAAAAAAGUUUGUGGUUUUUUUCAAAAAAAAGUUUGUUUUUUUUUUUAAAAAAAAGUUUGUGUUUUUUUUUAAAAAAAAGUUUGUGUUUUUUUUUCAAAAAAAAUUGUGUUUUUUUUUCAAAAAAAAGUUUGUGUUUUUUAAAAAAAAAGUUUGUUUUUUUUUCAGAAAAAAGUUUUGUUUUUUCUCAAAAAAAAGUUUGUGUUUUUUUUCAAAAAAAGUUUGUGUUUUUUUUUUCAAAAAAAAGUUUGUGUUUUUUUUUCAAAAAAAGUUUGUGUUUUUUUUUUCAAAAAAAAAGUUUGUGUUUUUUUCCCCAAAAAAGUUUGUGACCAAGCAGUUGUUGAUAAUCGCCCACAAAGGCGGUAGAUGCCGCUAAUUUUAUUCAUUUAAAUCAAUUAGUUGAUUGAAAUUAAUAGGUUGAGACGUGAUGUUCUCAUAGCAAAAUGUCAGCAUACUUAUGGCAGAUGCUAGUCGUAUUUCCAAAUCAGUGAUGUUAAUCAAACAAAUCUGUGUUACAUGUUCAAAGCUGAAGUGCCAUCUGAAGAGAAAAUAUUAAAGCCAGCCAGAAUACGAAGAUAAUUGUGAUGACUAUUUUCUUCCUAGAAACCGAUUUUUUACAAUUUUCAAAUGAUUUGCAGUAUAGUAUGUCUUAUGUAUGACUGUUGACUUUUAAUAAAACACAAAAAAAGUCUAAAAAUCUGUACAACAGCGACUUAAAAUCGAAUAUAAAAUGGUGAGACAAUCUCUCGUCUUCGUAUCCGUAGCCAUUACUGCUUUGGCAACGUUUAAGAGGGAAAUAUAUACUAAAUUUUAUCAACAUGCAUUGAUAACAUCACGUGUGAAAUAGCAAAUAUGCUCGCGUGGUAUCUGAAAUAGUUGUUUUAUAUACUGUGCGCUUUAUAAUACUACAGCUUUGAGAUUAAUCCGGAUGUUUACGAUGACGUUAUAUUCUCCACAAAAGUUACGUAAUAAGUACUUAAAGAUAACUGCAUUUGCUUCCGAACGUGUUUACUAGCCCUAAAUUCCAAAUUGUUCCACUAGUUUAGCUUGCAGUUCCAAACUACGAAGUUCCUAAUGUUUGAGUAGUUCUGGAAACGUGCAUAAACGCAUUAUGAUUAAACUAGAAUAAUGACAUACAAUGUAUGCGUAAAUUAUCCAUGUAUACGCUCACCAAAACACGGCAUAUAUAAUAUUUGUAAACACCAUUGGUAAUACUAUAAAAUACAAAUAAUUCUAGCUUCAAUAACUAAAAUUUUCAUUUGGCUUAGAGUAACGUUUUUGACAAUCAGUGACAAAAAACUUUGGACAAAAUACCUAAAGAGCGUACAUUUACAACACAAUCGACCCCCGCACCCCCCGUUCAAUGUUGUGUGUGGAAAUACCUGCGCAAAAUGUUUCUUGCCAGCCACCCAACAUUGUUUAGGGUGGGGGAGGGAGGGAUAGUCGUUUUAUGCUGAACAGUAUUUGGAAAGGCGCAGAUAUGUCUAUAUUAUAUCAUUGUCCAAAAACCUUUUGUCACUGAUUGUAGUUUAUGUUUUCAUCCGGCCGGCGUAAAUAUAAGACCCGCUAGGAGAGACUAAAUACCCUAGGAGUGAUAAUAUACAAAUAGGGCCAUGCCAGAUGGGUGAUAAUCCCCUCCAACAUUAACCUAAACCAAAGGGUGAUAAUCCUUUUGGCCAGUUUCUAUGAUUCGACUGAUUAUAUUUACAAUAAAUAACCUGUGUCUAUGGGCCUGAAGUUGACCAUUGGGAACACUUUUAAAGCUUCAAUUGCGAACCAAAAAAUUUUUAACAAAAUCUGUUUAGGUAUUUACAUCACGAUAAUUUCAUUUUAUAAUAACAAGAUUAUUAAUUUGAUUGUCCUUCUUCGAUAGUCCUCGCGUAUAUCGUUGUUAACACAUAUAUAGGUUUUUUCUGGGGGUUUUCUGGGCUAGUAUUCCAAAUGUCGUAGGUUCGAUUCCCACCGUAUAGUCAGGGAUAUCUUUCAAGCUUGCCCAGUGUGGAUAUAGACCAAUUGCGAAACUUAGUGACCGCGCCUUAAACUGCACGAAAACGAGGCUUAUUAAUGGUAAUUUUUACGAGUACAAAUUAUUGUUAAUGGACGAUACUCAAUGCGCUAGACCUAAAAAUUAUAGAUUUAAAAUGUCUAUGUUAAGCCAACUCGAAAGCUACUAUUGUCUAAACAAAGGAAGACUCUAUCACAGACUUUCAUUAUUUGCUUGCCAAACCCGUAGGCUACUGCACCCAGUAUCGUUUAUUAAUUAUUGUCCAAACCACUAUGUUUGACCUAUUCAUAACUAUAACAAUGAAACUAUAGUUAAACAUGGACAGAUAUCCGAGUUAGCUUUAUCUGCCUAUAUCAUUCUUACUUGGAUUGCGAGCUGUAAAGACUGAUUUAAAGAGUCAUUUAAAAAAUUAAUCGUUUCACGUUUAUCAUUUCUAAACGUCCACCAAAAAUAAUGCCAAGAGUUAGCAAACCACGAUCACGAGUUCGUCAGCAUGAUCAACGACCAUCCAGUAUUCAACCGUCCGUCGAAGUACCGAGCAAUUUGGGCGAGUUAUCAAUUUUAGAGUUGAAAAACCUUUGCCGCGAACUCAACUUUUCGUGCGCUGGCGGCCGACGGGUACUUACAACGCGCCUACAAAACGAAAGAGAACGUCUAAACACGAAUACGCCGCAAUCCAACACUCAAACCGUUCCAGUAAACAACACGUUAUCUAAUUCCAACGCAAGGGAAAGCUUCAGCGCCGACCAACUGGCACAGAUCACGCAGAUUGUUUCGCAGUCGAUUUCGUCUUUCUUCGAAAGCCAACACGCCACAACAACCGCGACUCGUGUAGAUGAGCAGCCAACUAUCCCGCCACCGCCAACGCCACUCGAAAGGCUAGAACAGCUUGGUCAAUUUCCAUUUUUAAGUUCCAGCGAGCUCCAGCAGCAGCCGACUUCAUCCCAUGGACCUGUUGCCUCAAUCCAGCAAGCAGAUGGGGGAUUCACGCCAGAGAUUCCAAACAAAUACGUUCGUGACAUCGAAAGUGGUGAGUUUUUUGAGCUUGCUAAAUUAUUGCCAAAAAAUUUAAAUAAGUUAAAUGUUGGUUCCGAUUCUUCUGACAACGUGGGUUUCACAAUUUCCUCUACGGGAAUCUCAUUAACACCGCGCAAGCCUCAAGUGCUGACUAACAUUGAAGAGUGGACAACCGCUUUCAACACGUAUAUGUUAAUCAUAGUACAAAAAUUUCCAAAUCGUGCAUCAGAACUUUUACAGUACAUGGAAACCAUCCGUCAUGCGGCAAAAACGCAUGGCGGUUUAGGCUGGUGCAUAUAUGAUCAUAAAUUUCGCUAUAAAGCCGCCGCGUGUCGAACAUUGUCGUGGGCCAACAUUGACAUGCAGUUAUGGUUGCGUAUUUUCACCGCUAGCUCUACUCAGUUGCGGGAAGAUUAUUCCCUUUUUUCUAACGGACCCUCAAACAAAGCUGGGGCAGCGAGGGACGGAAUUUGCCACAGCUACAACAGGGGUAGACCUUGCCCAUUACGACCCAAUUGCCCUUACACUCACCGAUGUAACCGAAUUGGCUGUGGGGGGAACCAUCCUGGGUACCAAUGUCCACAAUCCCGUGGGGAAAACGAUCACAACGACGACCACCCUUCACAAUCCGCCCGUAGCUCCGCGAAGACCAACAGAAAAUAGAACUGUUAGUUUAAAGUGUAGUAUAUAUAAUAGCAGUAAUUCAAUACCUUUAGAUAAUACUAUAGUUACGCCAAUUCGCGUUGACGCGCUUGAAGGUGCUCUUUGUGGGCAUCCCAAUUCAUCAUUCGUUUUGAAACUCUGUUCAGACUUGCGUUUCGGUGCUCGUCUCGGUUACGAUGGUCCUCGCAUGUCAAAAUUUUCGAAAAACCUCAAGUCUGCCAUUGACAAUCCAACUAUUGUUUCAACUAACUUAGCGUUGCUCUUGGCCACACAGCUGGUCCUUUCACCAAUCCGCCAUUUGCUAAUUUACAGGUUUCGCCAAUUGGCAUUGUACCUAAAAAGCAUUCAGAUAAAUUUCGAACCAUUUUCACCUCUCGUUUCCAAAAACGGGAGAAUCAAUCAAUUCCUUUAUCGAGAAAGACGACUUUUCAUUGCAGUACAUAAAAAUCGACGACGCAAUUGCGGCUUUAAUCCGAUUAGGCAGAGGCACUUAUCUAGCUAAAACUGACAUAGAAUCUGCUUUUCGUCAAUUCCCUGUUCAUCCUGACGACUGGGAGUUAUUAGGAAUAUAUUGGAACAAGUCCUAUUAUUUUGACAAAGUGUUGCCAUUUGGUCUGCGUAGUGCACCGUAUAUUUUCAAUCAACUUUCGGAUGCACUUGAAUGGAUUUUACUCAACAAGUGUUUUAUAAGCUAUGUUGGGCACAUUCUCAUCAUGGAACCACCGGCCCAAGCUGGGCUACCUUCUCAAGCAUGCCAAACUAGCCUUUCUAGCAUGUUGUUAACAUUCCGCACGUUAGGUGUUCCUAUUGCCGAGCAUAAAACUGAAGGACCCAGUCUCAUUAUAGAAUUUCUAGGCAUUAUCAUUGACUCACAAAAGAUGGAGGCUCGUCUUCCAUCCGAUAAAUUGAACCGUCUAUUUGUUGAUUUAAAUUCGUGGCACACAAAAAAGUCAGCUACACUCCAAGAGCUCCAAUCACUAAUUGGCACAUUAAAUUUUGCAUGCAAAGUAAUUGCCCCGGGUCGAGCUUUUCUGCAACGUAUCAUAAAUCUAACACGGGGUGUCUCCAAACCACAUCAUCACAUUCGCUUGACGAAUGGUUUUCGCGAAGACGUAAAAAUGUGGCAACUUUUUCUUAAAGACUGGAAUGGGACAAGUCUAUUUCUCAACUCUUUCUGGGAAAAUUCUACAAACCUUUCUCUCUAUACGGAUGCCUCGGGGACCCUUGGUUUUGGGGGAAUUUUUCGCAACCAGUGGUUUCAGGGUAAAUGGUUGCCUCACCAAACACUUACCACAAAAAAUAUCAGCAUUGAUUGGCAAGAGCUCUAUGCUAUUGUGGUAGCCUCCUACAUAUGGGCACCUUUAUGGGCUCAAAAACGAAUUGUGUUUUACUGCGAUAACCAGGCAGUGGUUUCCAUAAUCAAUUCCAAACGUUCAAAAAGCCCUCGUAUUAUGGACUUAGUGCGUCCUUUAACCUUACAAACACUGAAAUAUAACUUUUAUUUUAAAGCCUUACAUGUGCCUGGUCAUUAUAAUGACAUUGCUGAUUCUAUCUCCCGUUUUCAGCAAACCAGAUUUCGGCGGCUAGCACCGCAUGCAGACCAUCAACCUCAACCUCUACCAGAGGAACUUUCUCGUCUCUAGACGCUGACUUACGUCGUUAGCUAAAGGUACGAUUAAAACUUAUAGCAGUGGCGAAAAACAGUUCACGAAUUUCUACUAUCAAUUUCAUUUACAUAAGUAUGUGCCUCUUCUGCCAACAACGGAAAACAUUCUGAUUUACUUUGCUGUUUUUCUCGCUAAGACGGUAAAUCCAGACACCAUCAAAGUCUAUCUCGCAGCAGUACGCCAUAUGCAUUUGGUUAACGGCUACGACCUUCAAAUCACCAAAUUUCAACGCCUACACUAUAUUUUGCGAGGUAUAAAGCGAGUAAAAGGAGUGUCUACAAGAACACGCCUACCAAUUACAUUAGACCAUUUGAAAUUGUUUCACCGCAUAUUACACUCACGGACAUCGCCAACACAUGAUGAAACCAUGAUUUGGGCAGCGAUUUCCAUAGCAUUUUUCGGGUUUUUGCGGAUUGGUGAAAUGACUUGCUCCGGUCCUUAUAAUUCUUCAACAAACCUUUGCCGAUCAGAUGUAAGUUUUCAUAACAAAAAACGUGGGGAUAACGAGGUUUUUCUGCAACUACGAAUUAAAGCGUCAAAAACCGAUCCGUUUCGAGCCUCAGCCACAAUAACCAUUGGCAGCAAUUCUGGUAUGUAUUGUCCAGUAAGGGCCCUUCAAACCUACCUUUCACGUGCGCCAACCGACUAUGCGGGACCAUUGUUUUGCUACUCAAACGGUGUUCCUUUAUCACGUAGUCAAUUUACUAAGGAACUACGAACACUUUUGGCCCAAGGUGGUCAUCACCCUGCUCACUAUGCAGGCCACAGCUUUAGAAUCGGAGCGGCUACCACAGCUGCGUCCCAAGGUUUGCCUCAUUGGCUUAUUCAAACGCUAGGAAGAUGGUCUUCCGAUUGUUACCUCAGAUAUAUUCGCACGCAAUCAAUGUCCUUACAGACGUUUCAAAACGAUUGAUUGCAGAGUGAGAUAAACACUCGAUCGUUGUUUGUCGGUCUAUGGGGAUCACACACACUAUCGUUGUGUGAUUGUGGAGGCAAUUGCUCUAGUAUGAGGUCGCAAUUUUACCAUAGACCUCACGUUUUCUUUACGGAAUUUGGCAACCUGGCAUACAGCCAAUUCCCAUGCAUGCUGAGCCAGAUCAGUGUUCUAAGAAAUAUUUCCCUGAUCAUUUUUUCCCAGGGCCCAGCUCAGAGUAUAUGUCUUGCAGGGCAGGCUAGGAUCCAGCUCUAAAUGGAGUAUAUGUUCUAGCCGACUCAGGACCCAGCUCAAAAUCCGUAAAAGUAUAUGUCUUGGGCAGAUUAGGACCCAGCUGCAAAUCAGUAUAUGUCCUAAUCGACUUUCCCCAAGAUCCAGCUUUUCAAUACGAGUAUAUGCCCUGGGAACCGCUCAGCACCCAGCUCUUCGCAGAUAAAAAAUACAGUAUAUAGAGCAGUUGUCCCACACUUCCAUAACCCCACAAACCUUGUGUUCUUAUGCGUGUCGUUAUAUUAAAUAUCUCAAUAUAUAUAUAUUUAUUAAAUGGUGAGGACAUUAAUGCAAAAACAAAUCAUUCUGCUAUAUUUUUAUAUGGCGAAAAAUGAAUUUCAGUGUUUGAGACGCGUUUUUAUGGUAAUCUCUUAUUUUUUUUCAAUAUUUCUGUUUUGACUAUGUAAAUCUUUAUUAAACUUGUUCAUAGAUUUAGUCCUACUUCAAAUUUCAUUGUUUUUCGCGGCGUGCGAGGCAAAGUUUUGCUGUUUUUCGCCGUCCGAUAAAAGAGGCAGAUUAUACCAGAGAAAGAAUCAGGUAUUUUCCGUCUGUUUUAUUAAUACAUUUCAAAGAAUAAGUUGUAACAUUGAUUAAUUUUGUUUCAGUUGUAAUAUAAUAGCAAGUUUUCGAUAUUAAAUUUAAAAAUAUGAAAGUAAACGUAGGGCAAAAUUUGUAGAAAUUUUAUGUUAUUAUCCUUUGACAAAAUCGUUUUUUCUCGCACGAAGUCUAAAAAAAUCCGGGUAGAAAGAGUUAUAUUUUAGUUUGUUAAGUUAUACUGGCUAUUUUAUUUGCAUCUUGAUUAGAUUCUAAAGUCUAGAUUGAUCUUUUCCAUAUGUUUGUUCCAUCGCAUGCUAAAACAACAACGAAAUAUCUCUCCAAAGCGGGUAAAAAUAUAAAUAUUUAUAUAACCUAGCACGAAAUAUUAAGAAAAGAUCAAAGAGAUUAAAGAAAAAACACUUUAAAACCCCUAAAAUUCACUUUUCGCUAUAUAAAAAUAUAGAAAUUGUUUUGUUUUUGCAUAAUAAGCCUCGUUCUCGUGCAGUAUGAAGGCGCGGCCACUAAGUUUCGCAAUUGGUCUAUACACUCAGAGUAACAUCACAAAUAGGGGUGCACCGGAUUUGGAAUUUUCAAAUCCGGCCGGAACCGGAUUUACCGGAUUUGGACAAAAAUUCCGGCUGGAUUUGAGAUAAACCAGUAAUGAGGACAAUUGGGGAUAAAUCAGUAUGCAAAAUGGCGGUUUAUGUUUUUUACUAUUUUUAGUUAGUGUCAGUUUAGAUUUUUGAUUGUGUUUAAACCUUUUUUAAAUAUCUUUUUGUUAAUAAUAUAAGAAUAUAAGAUAUAUUUUAUAAGAGUAUAAGUGUUUUUUAAACUUUAAAGCUGCCAAAUUGAUGGUUUAUCCCAUUCUUGGUGAAUUUUUUAAAGUGAAAACAGAAAUUUAAAUCCGACCGGAUUUUCUCCAAAUCCGGCCGGAUGCCGGAUGCCAGAAAAUUCAUUAAAUCCGGCCGGAAUCCCGGUAGGAUUUGAAAUCCGGUGCACCCCUAAUCACAAACAACAUAUAUAGUUCACCAGACCAUUCAUGCACUCACAACGCGUAAUAUUAACGGGUGGGUGGAUCAUGGAGAUUUUCUUUUCGCUAGAUUUUUCUCUUUUCUCGUUUGGGAAUUUGUGAAAGUGAAGGCCAUCUUGUCUUGCCCUUUGCCUUGCAUGUUCGCUGUUGACAAAUGAUCUGUCGGUUAUACUGCUUCGUUCUUUUUGCACGUGCGCAAAGCACUCGAAUUUUGACCGAUUAUUUACUGCUGCCCUAUUUUGUGGCUCCUGACAAGCAUGUCCCGCUUGUGGGAGAUUAGCUUACAGUUACUAAGCUUAGUUUAAAUCCGAUUCGUUAUAUAUAAAUUUGCUAAGAAUUCAUGUUCGGCAGCCCCUGAUCCUACGAUAAUAGUUUUGUUCAAUAAUGUUGAUAUAUCUCAAUAGAUUGCCAAUAAAGAUGUGGACAUGGCUAUAGGAGGAGAUCAGGGUGGUUCGAUACGCAUGCCUGCAGCAACGUGUGGCAUUGUGGGAUUGAAACCAACAUUUGGGUUGGUUCCUUACACUGGUAUUAUAGGUGCUGAACCAACUAUCGAUCAUACUGGACCUAUGGCGCAAACUGUUCAUGAUACAGCAUUACUUUUGGAGGUACUUAAAUUUUACAUUAGAGGAAGGAUGAAUAGAUACUGUAUGUAUUUUCACCGAUUGUUUCGUACCUACUACACUUGUUGAUUAGUCAAAAGUUAUCUUCGUUUCACUAUAUUUUACUAAUGAACCUCAUUGCAUGGAAGACGGUAGUAGAUUGUGAUGUAGUGCUUUAAUUGUCAUUUCAGGCAAUAGCAGGUUACGAUGAUGGCUUAGAUCACCGUCAACCACGUGAUCUCAAGAUACCCAGCUAUACGAAAGAGGUAAAAUCCAAUGUCAGGUUUCAUGAUAUCAAGUUUAUUUUCUUUGUCCCUAUAACUUCAGGAAGGCGAUUAUGCAAAGUCCUGAAAUUUUAACAAUCAUAGUCGAAGAAUGCUGUCUUGUAGUCCAAGACUAUAUCGUCUUACUAGAAUUAAGACACGAAACCUAUGCCGGAAUGAAAAAUUCAAUCCUUCGAUUGAACCUCAAUCAUAAAAUACUAAUUUUUAGAUAUUUAAUAUUUAAAUCUUAAUGAAUCCUAUAUAUUAAAAAUACGAAUCUUUGAAUCAUAAGAUUGGAUCUAUUAAUCAAAUUGAAUACAGUGGUAAGAAAUUGUUAAUUGAGGUUACGUUACUGCCUAUACUUCCAAGCACCUUAUCAAGUAGUACAGUUCUAAAAUUUUACCAAGGGAGGGCUCCUCAAGGGAGGGCCUUGGUUUACGAAUCGCCCUAAACCUUUGAAUUAAAUUAUUUCCUGCAUUUUAAAUAAUAUUAUAAAGUAUAGUUUUAUCAUAUUAAGACAUGAAAAUACAAUCACUAUACAAAGUGCAUCCUGAAUAUGAAAAAUAGCAUUUGGUAUGAUCUUCAAAAUUUUAUAGAAAUGAAUUGGAAUACCUCUAUUUGUAUGGUGCAAUAGUGCCAAACGAUUAUUUCAGUCUUGAUAAAAUUUCUAGGGGGCUCAGCCUCCUAAACUGAAUGAAAUAUGAAAAAGUGACUAUGCCCCCCCUGAAACCCCUUUCACUUCACCCCUACUCUCAUCAUCGUUUCAUUCGUUCUUCAUGCAGAGUUUGGAAAUAAGGUGGAGUUUGGUGGAAUUUGAUAUUAUAUAUAUAUAUAUAUAUAUAUAUAUAUAUAUAUAUAUAUAUAUAUAUAUAUAUAUUUAAUUUGAACGGCAGUUAACAGGGGAUAUUAAAGGUCAGCGUGUGGGUUUACUUAAAGAAGGUUUUGAUCCCAGUUUUGAAACAGAUGUGAAUGACUUGGUGAGAAAAUCAGCUGAGAGACUAAGCGAGAAAGGUGCAGUGGUUCAAGAGGUGUCAAUACCCUGGCAUUUGGAUGGUAGAUAUUGUUUCAUAAUAAUAAUAUAGUAUUAGAAUAACUAAAUGCAAUAAUAAUAUAUAAAGCAUUUUAUUUUUCAACUUUUACCAGGAAAUUUUUCUUUGUUUUUUUCAGGAAAUCAUUUACUUUUCGGUAUUACGGUAUCCAAUUCCACUGCCGUAUUUGAAGGUCCGUGUAUAUAA